UUCAUUUUUCUGUUGGUGAGAAAAGUGUGAUCAAUCGUUCGAAAGGUAAUGAUUUAGACCGAGAUGCACUCCACAGGCUACGUAUCAAGUCAACCAAAACGCAUGGACGCGGAUGUGAUUUAAGGAAAGGAAUGUAAAGAUUCUAUUGGUCUAUUCCGGGUGAGAAAGGUGCGGAGGCAUCAAAACAAAUCAUACUUGUGAGGUAUAUAAGUCAGAAUCUCAACGACAAGGGGUAUAGCAAAGUUUACAGAAGACUACCUGAGGCUUAUAAGAGUUCAAAAGCAACAGUGAAAAUGCAUAUGUCAUCAGUGGUCUUGGCCUUUUUGUUGGGCUGUGUCUGCCAAGGACUGGCAAAGGAAAAUCCGAUCAUUGAAGAUCAUCUUUUGAAACCUUUACCCACGGCCACGUUAUGGAGGAAACCCUGCUGCCCAAGACGUAACAGCAUGUCCAUUGAUCUCACGAGGGGGGUUUUCACAGGAAGUGUGCAAGGUGUAUCUACACCUACAUUUACAACCUCACCGUCAGCAAACAUGGAGUGUGGAGUAAUGGCUGAUCUCACAGCUAAAUUCCAAAACGUUUCUAACUGUCUGUCUGAUUGGCAACAGUGUGUUUCCUUCCCCACGUGUGGACAGCGCAUGCUCAGAAUCGACAUGUUUCUGGGAAAACGACGGAGGGGUUACAUGUUCAACGUGGGAGAUAGCCCUAGCAACGAUGGUUGGGGUGGCGAUUAUGGAGAUACGAAACAUGAUGCUGAAAUCAUGGGAUACUAUCCUAGGAUCUUGGGAUACAAGUCGGAUUUUUGCAAAACAGAGAAAACAGAAUGGCUAAACACCCUUUUGGCGCCAGGCGUUACACGAGUCACGAUGUUUGCGGCCAACAAUUACAUCAGGAUCAAGAAUGACCAGGGAUUUGAGAUGAAUGAAUGCCAUGAAUGCGGAUUUGCUCUCAAUGGACAGGACCCCAACGAUAGCGCCAACACUUUGUACAUGGCAUUCAACAACAUGAUCAGGGGAACUCACCGAAAUGGGUAUGGAGUGUGUCACGUCAGAAUCCGCUGGGAAUGCCCGAAUUGUUAGAGGAAUCUUGCGGUAAUAGCGGAGCUCCUAAGUGAAGGGAAAGACAAACAGCCAAAAACAAAUAAUCACCGAGUUUGUAUUUCACAGUCAGUGUUGUAUUCUUGCAAACAGUAAACAUUUAAAAUCAUAUUUGACAUGCAUUGUAUGAAAUAUUCAGCAAAAAAGAUGUCAGUUGUUUAUUUGGAAGAUAACUACAUAUGAGAUAAAGUAGUUAAUGAAAUGUGUUUUUGUAUUUGAAAUGUUACCCUCUCUAAUGCUUUGAAUAAAAAUUUGGAUGUUAA